AUGACUCAUUGUGGACCCCAAGAACCUGUAGGGAUUGAGGGCAACUCCGCAUGUGCGUUGAAACUGUCUAGGAGAGGAGUAUCAGAUGUAGAAAAGUUUAUUCAAGGCAAGCUUGAAGCUGCUGCCCCUGCAACUCUGAGAGAAGACAAAAGCUGGCUGUGGAUUCUUAGCGCUUACGGCUUAUCCAAGCCCCCGGCGUCCCAUGUAGUGGAGCAGCUGCUGCGCAAGGCCCUUGAAUCAACUCGACGGGUAGACCUGCUGCUGGAUAGGCGGGAGGCGCUGCCGUCGCCGGCGUUCCUGCUAACUGCACUCUUGAAGGGGAGUACAUACAGCUCCAUAGUUGCUGUAUCUGAAGAACAGAGUGAGCGACGUCACAUCCCGCAUCAACACGGUGAAGAGACUCUUCUAGUAAGAAGCAAUUCCUCUCCAGUGAACUGCAACAGCAGUACAUACAGUUGCGGCGCUACCGGCACGCUCGAGGCAGAGUCCCCAGUUGAGAUGACACCCUCAGAAAACUUCGGCAACGACAUUACUGGAAACGGAAACAGCAGUAGUAGCAUAAUUAACAGCAGCAUCAGCAAUAUCAGCAGCGGCGCCGGCAGGAACAACGGCAGCAGCAACUAUAGCACCCAGCCCCAACUGUCCGUGCAGGAAAAGGCAGAAGCCAUCCUUUCUACAGAUGCAGAAAAGUCGCUUUUGAAUCUUGAUCGCCUCUGUCAGUCUCCUUUUGGGCCGGACAAGGGGCAAUCAGCCACCCCUGAGGUGACACCUCGAAUGGGUACGGUAGUGGAGACGGCUGGCGCUGGAGAAGCGCAGGGUAUUGGCGAGUUCCCUGCCUCAGAAGCGGAGUUUUCGUCUCUUAGUGGCAGUUUGGAACCUGGUGCCGAUGAUUCCUUGGGGGACCUGCGUGAACCUGUGCAAAUGCCUCCCACUGCAGAUGUUCUGGAAGACCCCUCUGAAGUGAAGGGUAACCUCUGUAUUGCUGGUAGCUACCAAUCCUGUAGAGGAGAUUCCGCCCGGCAGACAGUGGAAAGUGGAGCCGCGUACGCGACUUCUGAGGAAAGAGCAGACGAGGCGGAGUCGUCGUUCUCUACGAAUAAAAGAGGUCUACCAGCUGCCGCAUCCCCCGUGAUUACUGCGCCGCCUCAGCCAAACGUGAUCUGGCAAACAGCAACAGCUGAUGUGCGGAAUAGAGCAUUUGUUUCUUACGGGCAGUACCUAUCCAGAAGGAUAAAGGCACUCGACAUGAGUGAGGAGCAGGUAAUCGGUUUUCCUGGUCGUCGACGCCCUCCCCGCUUCAGCAGGCGUUGGGGCAAAUCACACCAACUGUGCGGGAACACCCCUCAAGAUGAAGAAGACAGGCGAGCAGGAACCGAAGGAGCAAGAGCUGAGGUGGAGUUCAUUAGAGCCAACUACAUGUCCCCUAUAGUGCAGAUAUAUCUUCGUGGAUGUGCACACCGCGGAUUUAGGAUUCCUGGCAUUGAAGAUCUCCCACCUUGGCCUCCAACGCGAGAGCAAGUAAUUGCUUUUUCUACUGCACAACGUCGUCAGCUGAGCACUUCACUGUGCAGUGCGGAUCAAACUACAACCUCAGAUAUUGGGGGCUCCACAGAAGAUGGUGCAGAAGCUGCAGCAACAAAUGGUGCACCGAACGCUGGACCUGACAAUGCAAAGCACAAUGGGCAGGAACUCUUGGCAGACGGCACUAUGCCCUGCGCUUCAGAAGAUUUAGAAGGUCCUUCGCAACCUCUAUCGGGAACGAAUUCAGAAACAGCAUCGGAAAGUAAUUCAGAAACUGUAUCAGAAACGGCAUCGGAGACUGCGUCACGCUCGGACUUCGACGGGUCGGACUUCGAUGGUUCAUUGAAAGAGGAGUCAGAAUCACCAGACAAUGCUGCGGGCGACAUCGCGGAGAGUGCACCCGACGUCACACCCGACUCUUUAGGAGACGCUGACGUUGCAGAAGACACUAAAUUCAACGCCGCAUCCGAUGUUGCACCCGACGCUGCAUCUGACGCUUUAUCGGACGCUGCGUUCGGCUUUGCAUCCGAUGUGGCAUCUGAAGAUGAAUCCGACGUGGCUUUCAGAGAUGCAUCCGCAGCUGAAUCCUAUGCUUCAUCAGACGCUAAGUCAGACCCAGCGGAAGAAGCUGUGAGUGGAGUCACAGCAGCACACGCUGCAACUAACCAAGGAACAGGCAUUGCGCAGGUGCCGGUAGUGCCCGGCGAUGCAUUGAGGGGUUUCUUCUCGGAGCAGUCGCUCCCUCCUGAUAGUCCAUUUAUUUCACCUUUCCUAAAUCCCUUUCACUUUUCGUUUGCCCCCCCGAGCAGCCGGUCUUUCCCAUGGGAAGAAGAUUCCCACAGCAACGGCUGCUGGGAGACCCCUUUAGACAGCAUCUACAUACAGCAGCAGCCAUCGACGGCGGAGAGGGAGAAACAGGAGAGUCAAAAAGAGCAGGAACAGCAACAGAGCCUCUUACUUCAGGAUCGAAGGCGAUACCAGGAACGGCAGCAACGGGAAGAGCAGCAGCGAACUCUUUUCUUCGGUGGCAUGUCCCAGCCGUUUUCCGGCUUCGCUGGCGAGAGCAUCCAUCAAACGCCUCAGUCAAAAGGUGCACAACAGUUCUCCAAGCACCAGCAGCAUCAGCAGGCGCUUCUCCGCCCAGUUGAACACGGGACAGCAGCAAACAGCACACCUACAGUGCCUUACUUUCCGGCUGUUUCUGUCCCGCUCACAAGCGCGGGAGCUACGCGAGACAGGGAAGGCACCCCCCUCACACCAGAUCUUUACCACACCAACAGCGGCGUGCAUGAGAUGGCCUUCUCGGGGGCGCACUCAAGCGACAAGCCUUUUUGGGGGCCUCAAUCGCCGAAGGCCUGCUUUCAGCCUCACUGUUUUGCGCCUCCUGCAGAUGAGCUUGUGGAGCCGUUGGAUCCUUAUUCCUUGCGCUUCCAUGAUGACCCCUUCUACAACUUGCAGAGCCCCAGGUACAAAGUAGAAGAGAGAGAGGGGAGCAUGGCGGGAGACUGUUGGGAUAUUCCCCCGCUGCUGCAAGGCCCGGCGGCUCGCUGUGCUGCGGCUGUGUCAACGAGCGCAGGACACGUGGGCUUCCUUGACAAGCGUACGAAGGGGGACGUGGCCCCCCGUUCAAGCCAGUACCAGCGAGGAGGCUCAGUAGAACAUCCAAGUUCUUCUGAGCCUAUCCCUGCAGGCGCAGGCUCUGAAGAGCCUGAACAGAUUUGCUUGGCGGAACCUGCUAGCUGCACCGGCACGGCGGGACCCAGGCAGGCAGCUGAACAGUGCGAAACCGGAAAGCCAUUCCAAGAAUAUGCAGUGCAGCAGUGGAUGCACAAGAUUGACACCCAAAUGGAAGGCCUUGAAAGGCUCAUGCAUCAGCUCUUGUGCACAAUGGAAGUCAUAACAGCCAAAGAAUCCGGUCUGCGCUAA